AUGUCCUCUGCCAAUACAGACAGCACCAUUGAUAGCAUAGUCUUCGAAAUGAGGCAACACCACGCACUCCGUAGCCGCUUGUACACCAGUCCCCGUCUGCCUACAUACCAGUCCUUCCUCGAUCAGCUACGGGACUUGGACACCGGUAGUCUGACACCGGGCGCAUACUGCCCAAUAUGCCGCGUACCAUUCUCGGAAUCGCAGACUAUAUCUAGCAACGCUGGAUCGGAGUAUCAGUAUGGUCUCGCCCUGGAAACUCUGCCAUUUCAUAUUGAAGACAGCCACGCUCUCAUCGACAGCCCCGUCCGCUUACCCUGCGCCUCCCAGCACAUAGUGGGUAAGGCGUGCAUCGUGACCUGGGCGACCGAAGGCGGCGGUACAACAUGUCCCCUCGACCGAGAGGAGCUUUUCAUUCUCGGCGCAGAAGACACGUUCUCUGUCACAGACGACGAACACCGCUUCAACACCGGUCUACGUGCCAUCGAAAAACUGCCAAUCCGGCAGCUCCUUGUGCGCUUCCGCGCCGCCACUGAAUCCGGCAUUGUGAGAGUGAACGCACGCGCCAUGACCAAGCGUCUGGCUACGUUGAUCUUCCGCAUCGUCUUCGAAACGCAUGGUGUUCCUGAGGCUGCUACGCUACGCUGGAAAUGGCCACGCAUUGGACGCCCGCUAUAUGGGUAUAACGAAGCGUCCGCGUUCCGCAGUGUGGUGAAGCAGUGGGUGGACGGCGAGCCGCUGGAAGAGGAUGGAGGGUAUCCAAGGCACAUUGUGACGUUGCUUAACCCUGCGCUGCCGCAUGUAUUUGCGCUGCUGUAUCGCCUUGCGCGGUUUUUUCAGGCGAGGAGCAUGUCUCUCGAUGAGUUGGCGUGCGCGAUGCAGCAGCACAUGCACGUGUUUUUCAAAGACUUUGCGUACGUUGUUACCGAUGAGAAGGUCUUAAGAUCUAUCACGUUCAAGACUAUCGAUAUUUGGACGACGCAGGAACUCCUCGUCACGCAGCUAAGAACAGCGACGAACCAGCCGGAUGAAUGGGCUGGCAUUGUGGGGCCGAGAGAUAGACCAGUGACGCCUUACUUUGGGCUGCGUGGGAGGGGCAGGAUUGGGUAUUGGCAUUUCAACAGGGAGAGCGAGAGGGAGAGGCGGGAAAGGCGGGCGACGCUAGGAGAAGCGGCUGGGUUGCUGGUAUACGAUGACGAUGAGGAUGUCCCACAAGGGGAAAGUGGGCGCGAGAGACCAGGAGUGAGUAGGUCACCAGACUUGGGUGCAUCGGUACGGCCGUGGUCGCCUCUGAGUGGCGAGACUGAAGAAGAAUUUACUCUGCUCACCAGUGGUAUCAUCAUUAAUGAUAGACGUAACCCGAGGGGGCUCCGCGAGGAGGCAUAG